AUGCGGCGCUACGUGCGGAUGGCGCUGCUGUGCCUGGGCUGUGGCUUGUGCUCGCUGCUCUACGGCUCCAGCCAGCUGGCCCUGGAGCAGGAGCCUGGCUGGGGGAAGCCGCAGGCCCGAGACCCCGCCGCUCCCGUCCGGAGACAGCGCGCUGGCGGCGGGAGGGCGGCGGCGGGAAGCGCAGGCCGCGGGGAGCCGGAGCUGCCAGACAGGUGUAAGAAUUUGUCUAUAUCUUACUGGAAUUCCUAUUGGAUGCUGCCCUCUGAUGUUUGUGGAAUGAACUGCUUUUGGGAAGCUGCUUUUAGAUAUGAUUUUAUGAAAACUCAGCCUGCUGAGAAGAUGCACCUAGCAGUGGUUGCCUGUGGUGAAAGGCUGGAGGAGACUGUUACUAUGUUGAAAUCAGCCAUUAUUUUCAGCAUCCAACCUCUACAGUUUCAUAUUUUUGCAGAGGGCCAACUGCACAACAGCUUCAAAGGCAUACUCAAUGGUUUGCAAUAUCAAGGAAAAUUUAAUUAUACCGUGUACCCAAUAACAUUUCCAACUGAGAGCGCAGCAGAAUGGAAGAAACUGUUUAAACCCUGUGCUUCACAAAGGCUGUUCUUGCCAUUAAUCCUCAAAGAUCUGGAUUCGUUACUGUAUGUUGAUACUGACAUCCUGUUUUUGAGACCUGUUGAUGAUAUUUGGUCUUUUCUGAAAAAAUUUAAUUCUACACAAAUUGCUGCAAUGGCACCAGAACAUGAGGAACCUCGUAUUGGAUGGUAUAAUCGCUUUGCUAGACACCCAUAUUAUGGAAUAACUGGAAUAAAUUCUGGGGUAAUGCUAAUGAAUAUGACCCGUAUAAGAAGAAAGUAUUUCAAGAAUGAUAUGACAACUGCUCGGCUACAGUGGGGAGAAAUUCUUAUGCCAUUGCUUAAAAAAUAUAAGCUAAACAUAACAUGGGGUGAUCAAGAUCUGUUGAAUAUUAUGUUUUUUCAUAAUCCAGAGAGCCUAUUUGUCUUUCCCUGUCAAUGGAAUUAUCGUCCUGACCACUGCAUUUAUGGAAGCAAUUGUAAGGAAGCUGAAGAAAAAGGAAUAUUUAUUCUUCAUGGAAACAGAGGUGUUUACCAUGAUGAUAAACAACCAACGUUUAGGUUUAUAUAUGAAGCAAUAAGAAAAUAUUCCUUUGGUGAUGACCUGGUUAAUUUCCUGUUACAGCCCCUAGAACUGGAACUGCAGAAGACAAUGCAUACAUACUGUGGAAGAAUAUACAAAGUGUUCAUAAAGCAGCUAACAAAAAGCAUAAGAGAUAUUUAUGAUAGAGGAUCAAAGGGAAGUUGAUUCUUACUACAAACUCACAAAAUUAUUGAAUUCAAACAGACGGAAUAUAUAAAAUGUAUGAAGGAUGUUCAUACAAAAAAUAUAAUAUUGCUUGAAUCACCUAUUCCUAGCGUGCCUAGGUAAAUGUUUACCAGUGUAGAUAAAAUGAAGAAACUGUUCAUAUUAUGAAGAAUACAAACACUUUCCUGCAAAGAAGAUAUUUUUGAUCUUUUAAUCACUGCUAAUUUUCAUUCCAGUUCUAGUGAAUAUGGGAGUUACUGGCUCUUCUAGUCGGUUUUUUAAUUCUGCAUAAUUCAGUUGUCUGUCAUACUCAAAUGGAUAAAACAGAAAUUAAGAUAGAUCUAUUGGUAGAAUGUACCUCAUACGUUAUCUAUGAUUCUGCUAAACUGUGAAUGUAGCAAUAAUUGAGUCAGCACUAACCUCACUUUAAAAGUGUGAGAACUAAGUUGUUUACAAGGACAGAAGUUAUUCUGUUUUCAAAGAAAUGUGAUAUAACCAUUGACAAUCUGUAUGUGCCUUUAGACUUGUUCAUCUCCUACGUGUUAAAAUAUUGUUUUGACAAUCAUGUUUCAUAUUUUAAAUGUAAACUGCACAUUAUAAACAAGAUUUUCAAAGCAAUUAAUCACUAGUGUAAGAGGAACUAGUUUCCCGUCUGUAGUUACUGAUAUCUUGUGAUACAACCUCCUAACAGAUGCUGUGUUCAGCCAUCUUGCCAAAAUACUCCAGCUGAAUUUUUUACAAAGAUAUAAUACAAGAUUUUUUUAAAAAAUAGUUUUUAUCACUUUUAAUGAUACCUUUUUGCAACUUUACUGAGCUUUCUGGAAGCAGAAAUAUAUAAUGGAAUGUUGCCUCUAUUAUAUUUAAUUACUAAAAAUGAUUACAUGAUAUGGUAGAGCUGUGAAUGGGGGUCUUAAUUGUUCACCAGAAUGCAUAUAGGACAUGUUUCCUAUGAGAACUAUUAAUGAUGAGGAAGUAUUACACACAUUACCGGUUCACCUCAUAACUCCUUCUCCCCCAAUAGAUUUGCAUAUGUGCUUAAUAACAAAGCUUAAAAAUCUUGGACAGAUCCUCAGAUGAAUGGUUCCAUUGACACCAAUAGAGCUAUGCUGAUUUACAAGAGUAUUAGGCCCCUGUGUUUUUGUUUAUAGGAAACCUGUUCCAUUGUUUUCAGGAUAUAAAUUUAUUUCCUUUUGAAAAAUGAAACAAAAUAAGAAAAAAUCUAUUGGUUCUAAUAGUAAUAAAAUAUUUUUCUUCGAGUGAUUGUUCAUGUCCAUUCCAAUUAAGUGUGCACAUGCCGCAUGCACGGACAUCAGAGACCUUUUUUCCCUUAGCAGCUCCCGUCAGGACGGUAGGGGAGCCCCCUAGAAUGGUGCCCUUAUGGCAGUAUAUAUAUUACCCUCCCUUCAGUUCUGUCUUACCGUCCAUGGAGGGGUUGGAAUGUGCUCGCUCGCUCGCUUGCAAGUGAUCCCUUAGCCUUUCAAUCUUCUAGUUAGAGUUGUCCUUAGGUAGUUAGCAAUUAGUUAAAUACCAUUGUAUUCAGGUGUCUGGAAGCUAGUUCCAGCACCAGCCUUGGACUGCGGGAAAUGCCACAAGCCCAGGGUUUCAAAGCUUGCGACAUGUGUCACAAGUUUAUGCCUAACAGCGACCCCCACGACUCCUGUCUCCAGUGUCUGGGAGUGUCUCAUCAGGCAGAGUGCUGCAAAAUCUGCAAGGCCUUCAAGCCGCGCACUAAGAAAGAAAGAAAGACUUUCGCCUUAAGCAGUUGCUCAUGGAGGCCACUUUACAACCAUCAGCCCCUGACUGACCAGCACUGACCCCAGCUUCCUCGUUGAAAAGUGCCCCGGCAUCCAUGCAUGACCUGGCACUGCCCAGGCACCGUAAAUUGCCAGCACCGAGACGAGCCGACGAAGCUCGGCGCCGGUCAACUAAGUGUCACAAGAAAGGAGAAAGAGGGCGCUCUCCCCAAAGAGCUACUAAGCUGCUCAGAGAAGCUCCUUGCAUGCAAAGACAGAUUGCAGGCCCAAACCAGGAACUGGCACCGUCGACUCUGGUGCCACAGGCACCAUUGAGUCCAGUACCCAGCAGAUUCAGUGCCGAUGAAUGUCUGGACGUCAUCAAACACCCCUCCACACCUGAUUCUUUUGAGGCAGCGAAAGACCUCAUUGAGUUGUCAGCGCCAAACCCCCUCCUGUGCAGGGAGAAGCCUUCUGGCAUCACCCAAGAAGGUGCUGUCCAGAGGAAAACCGGCAGUGGUGCUCCGCUCAAGGUCACCCUCUCAGCACUGCUCUUGGCACCGCUCCCGUUCAAUCGUGGCAUCCUGCUAUUCCCCAGCACCUGGGACCGAGUGUGAAGUUAUGGCACCGGAGGCGAAUCCACUAGCAGUGCCCAUGGCAACCGCACGCCAGUUCACAACGCCAUCGGUCACCCGGCACCAGAGUACGACACCGACAUCCUCACCGGCACCGAGUGAGAGGCACCAGUCCCAGUCCUGAGACUCCUGGUACCAUUCGCGGUCCUGGUCAGCCAGGCACUGCUCCCCAGCUGCUCAGCAUUCGGUACCAUCCUGGUCCUCUAAGUCGGCUCCAAGGCCGACUCCAGUCUGACUAGCUGUAGCAGACAUCGAACUGUAGCCAGCAGAGAAUCCCAAUCAGCACAGCAGCCACAGUGACUUCCUCUGGGUCAGUGGCCUUUCUGGACCCCAUGGGCCUACCACCAGCAGCAGGGCAUCACCUCCAGAGUCUCUAGGUCUGGGCAAUCUAUGCAACGCCAUUCCAAGUUGCCCCACAGGCACGCAUCAAGGACAAGGGCGACCACUCUCUCCAUACCGCCCCUGGACCCCAAGAGCAACCAGCGUUUCCAUGCCCAAUGCCCGAGGCAGUGCCAAGUACUGCGACACCUCAAGACGUGUCAGUCCCACCGGGCCCUGAAAUGUCCCAGGCAUAUGGGGACACACAGGAGGGUCUAGAUGAAGGCAACUGGCAGCACCUCACUUCCUCCUCUUCUCCAGACGAGGCGGUGACGGGCACAUCGGUCUCAGGACUGCCACCGAUCGACAGGGCUCACCAGGAGCUACUCCGCAGGAUCGCCCUCAAUAUGGGCCUCCAGGCGGAAGAAACGGUCAAGCAGGAAGAUCCAGUGAUGGACAUCCUGAUGCCCGAGGUUCCCUCCAGAGUCGCGCUCCCUCUCAUAAAGACCAUACAAACAAAUUACAGCACUAUACGGCAGAUCCAGGCCUCCAUCACACCGACAGCCGGGGGGGUAGAGAGGAAAUACUUUGCUGCUUCCAGGGGCUAUGAGUUCCUGUUCUGCCAUCUAACUCCCUGUUCCCUAGUCGUUUCAGCAGUCAGUGAGAAGGAACGACAGGACCGACAAGCCUUAGCCCCAAAGGCCAAGGAGGCCAAUUAUUUGAACCUCUUAGGUAGGAAGGUCUGCUCCUCUGGGGACCUCUAGCUAUGCAUAGCCAACCAGCAGGCGAUCCUUAAUAGACAUAAACUUGAACACGGCCAUCCAACAGUUGAAGUUAAGAAUCGCCUGCCCCAGGACUCUCACUCUGAGUUUAUGGCAUUAAUCAAGGAAGGAAAGGCAGUGGCUAAGACUUCGCUACAGACCUCCCUCAAUUCAGCUGACUCUGCGGCCAGAACCAUUGCCUCGGGUAGUCAUGCGACACUCAGUGUGGCUCCAGAUAUCGGGUCUCCCUCCAAAAGUCCAGAAUACCUUCAAAGACCUUCCCUUUGAGGGCUCGGGGCUUUUCUUGGAGCAAACAAACUCCAGGCUGCACAGCCUUAAGGAUUCUAGGACCACCCUGAAAUCAGUAGGGACACAUAGGCCGGCAACCCAGAGAAAGCCCUUCAGGCCUCAGCCUCCACAGCAGAGGCAGUAUCAACCCUGCCCCAGGUAGGAGCUGUAUCGCAGGCAGGGCAGAAAUAGCAGGCAUAGACAGCAGAAUAAUGUGCUUAACCAAGGCCAGAAUAAACCCCAGCCCGGAAACAAGCCAGCGGUUGAAGGCAUUCCCGGGACAGUGUACCAAUCCAGUUCCUGGAUCCAUCCCCACGGUUUUCAAACCAGUUAUCCCACUUCUAUCGUGCUUGGUCCCCUAUAAUGUCGGACCGCUGGGUGCUGCACACUGUAGAGUUACUCCCUCCAAUUCUCCUCCUUCCCUCCCUCCCACCCACCUUCCCCAUCCCUCUUCAAGGACCCCUCUCACAAGCAGCUCCUUAUGCAGGAGGUUCGUUCAGUCGUCAAGAUAGGUGCGGUGGAGGAGAUUCCACAAGAAUUAAGGGGAAAAGGGUUUUACUCCUAUUACUUUCUAAUCCCUAAGGCAAAGGGGGGUCUUUGACCCAUUUUAGACCUUUGCGGACUCAACACAUUUAUGGUCAAACUCCAGUUCCACAUGAUCCCCUAAAGCACAUUCCAUCAUUGGAUCCAGGGGAUUGUGACGCUGCCCUCGACAUGACAGAUGCAUACCUCCAUAUUGCCAUUCAUCCAGUGCACUGACUCUUCCUCCGGUUUAUCGUAAACCAAUAUCACUACCAGUUCACAAGUCUCCCGUUCAGCCUGUCAACAGCCCCCCGAGUGUUCACGAAAUGCAUGUUCCAAGGACGAGGUCCAGUACCACAUGACAAUGGUCAUGGACAUGUUUCAUAGACUGGGGCUCCUCAUUUUACCCAAAUCGUCACUCAUACCUACCCAAAGGAUAAAAUUUAUGGGGCAGUCCUGGACUCGAUAUGGGCGAAUGUGAGACUUCCAGAGCCCAGGUUCCAAGCGAUAGAGCAGACUUUCAAAUCAGUGCUUCAGUAUCCCACCAUGACAGUCAGGUGUUGCCUGCAGCUAACAGGGCAUAUGGCAGCAUGCACCUAUGUGGUCAAGCAUGCCCAAUUGAGACUCAGGCCCAUGCAAGCGUGCCUCGCACUUACUGUCUGUACUGAGACCCCCUGGACCUUGUGGUGACAAUCCCGGGACAGGUUCUAGAAUCCUUGUAUUGAUGGCUGGUCUGUGCAGGGGUUCCCUUCACCAAGCCCCAACCUUCCCUGAUGUUAGUAACAGAUGUGUCAGAUCUGGGCUAGGGUGCACACUAAGGGGAUCUGAGGACCCAAGGCUUGUGGUCCAGGGAUGAGAUACCUCAUAUCAACCUGAAGGAGCUCAGGGCAGUUUGUCUGACUUCCAAACCUUUCACACCACUUUGCAAAGUCACAGCAUGACCGUCUUGACAUAACACCACCACCAUGUUCUAUAAACAAGCAAGGUGGAACCUGCUCCUCAUCUCUCCACUAUGAGGCUUUUCUUCUCUGGGACUUCUGUAUAGCCCAAUCCAUUCAGCUCGAAGCAUCCUCCCUUCCAGGGGUACGGAACAAGCUGGCAGAUCGCCUCAGCAGGUCAUACCACAUGCACGAGUGGUCAAUCAGAUCAGACAUCAUAAAAUCAGCCUUUCAAAAGUGGGGUUAUCCCCAAGUAGACCUCUUUGCCACCAAGAGCACCAGACAGUGCCCUCAGCUCUGCUCAUUCUAAAACCACAGUCCAGGCUCAGUUGCUGAUGCGUCCUUAAUACUAUGGGAUGAGGGUCUGAAGCAGGGGUCGGCAACCGUUCAGAAGUGGUGUGCCAAGUCUUCAUUUAUUCACUCUAAUGUAAGG